AUGUGGGAGGCGAAGCUGGAGCCCAACGUCAUCUUCAGCUACAGCGCUGGGAUCAGCGCGUGCGCGAAGGGCUCACGGUGGCAGCGGGCCGUGGCGCUGCUCAGCGAGAUUCGGGAGGCGAAGCUGGAGCCCACCAUCAUUCAGCUACAGCGCUGGGAUCGACGCGUGCGAGAAGGGCAAGCAGUGGCAGAUGGCCUUGUGGCUGCUGGAAGAGGCGACUGCGGUGAAGUUGCAACCAGGCGCAUUCGCCUACAGCUGUGCGAUUGUCGCUCUGCUGGGUGGAAACGAUGCCAUAAAGUAGUCAGCGUCAACGCUGGGAUCACCGCGUGCACGAGUGCGUGCAACGGUAGUCUUCCCUGGCGCUGCUUGGCGAGUUGCGGGUGCGAAGCUGGAGCCUGA